AUGGUAACGAGUGACAAACUAACUGACUACAAACAAGGAAAGGGAGUGGACAACGACAAGUGACUAUUCUGUUCUGUAAUCUUUUUUUAAAGAUGAACUAAGGGAAGAGACAAAUUCACAAUGCCAUCUUCCAAGGUUAAGACAUUGCAUCCAAGUCUGCCAAGACUAUACCAGAAUGUGUCACAGGGAUACAAGAGCAAAGUGGUGGCUGGCAGAAAUCCCAGAUUAGUGAAAAGAGAAGAAAAGCACAAAAAAAUGACACCCUCUGCUUUUGCACAAGAAAUGUCCCAAUCAACAGAGGAGCGCUUGGCAAACACACAGGAGAUGCAUCCACCACGCAUUUUAGAGCUGCUAGAUAUGAAUGAGACCAGUUACCAGAAGUUCUCCACUGUCGAUGUGGACCAGGCAAUGUUUCAGCCAUACCCUUCGGAGAUUGUAUUCCAGAACUUUAUGCCCUCAGAGACCUACGAGGUGACAUUGAUUCUCCGUAACAAUGACAAGAUACCACGCCUGGUAAAGGUGGUGGAGGAAGACUCACUGUAUUUCAAAGUGGUCAGUCCAGUGGAAGCAUGUAACAAAGUGGCCCCAGGGAUGGCGUCCACAUUCAGUGUCCUCUUCACACCUCAGGAGAACAAGGACUACAUCCACAGGCUCAUCUGUGUGACGGAGAGGGAAAGGUUUGAGGUUCCUAUCAGGGCUAUUGGGCCACGGGCCAUCCUAGACUUCCCUGACCAGGUGCACUUCUCCCUGUGCCCUGUGAAGUGCACCUCACAGAAAACACUGCUGGUGCGCAACAUUGGCAGUUGUGAGGCCAAGUUCCAGCUCAGCACACACAGCCCUUUCUCAGUGGAGCCAUCUCUUGGAAUUAUGGGGGUUGGAGCGAGCAUGCAGGUGACAGUAGACUUCCUACCCAAGACUGCAGGAGACCACAGUCAGGACCUGUUGCUUCACUACCAUACAGGGGAGGAUAUUUACAUCAGUCUGUAUGGGGCAUCUGCAGAUGUAAAUGUGAGGCUGGACAGGAACACUGUCACACUGGAGAAAACCUACAUAUCCAUGGCCAGCCAACGCUCAGUCUCCAUAGUGAACAGGAGUGAUACUAUUGUCCACUAUCAGUGGAAACACUUUGCCAGCGAGGAGGAGGAGAAGGAGCAGAAGCUAAGGUUGAGUUCAGAGCUACAGCAGGAGGAGGAGGAUGAGAUGGAUGAGUUCCUGACAGAGUGUAAUGCAGACCCCACUGUACGUGACCGACUAUCCCUCCUGUCACGGGCCUUCCAGAACCGGCGCCGGCAACUGAUGGAGGAGCAGCUUCCCUUCUCUGACAACUACAUCUUAGUGGAACCUCUGGAGGGGGACAUUUGGCCAAACACAACCUCAGAGGUCAACAUAAUUUUCAAACCACAUGAAGCCAAGAUCUAUCAGCAGACAGUGUACUGUGACAUUACAGGCCGUGAGUUGCGUCUACCUCUAAGAAUAAAGGGGGAGGGAGUAGGACCCAAAUUGCAUUUCAACUUCGACCUCCUUGACAUGGGUAAUAUCUUCAUUGGUUCCCAGCACAGCUAUGAGGUACUUCUGUCUAAUAAUUCUCUGAUUGAGGCCCCAUUCCAGCUUGUGCCUCCCAGCUCCUCGUUUGGCCAGUGUUUCUCCUUCAGCCCCACGGAGGGGAUGGUUCCACCUGGGGCCUGCCAUGCCCUGGAGGUAUGCUUCUCCUGCAGGACCCUGGGGCACUUUUCUGAGGAGUUCCUCAUCACAGUACGGGGAAACCCACAGCCUAUCAGCCUUACAUUCAGGGGUUGUGUAAUGGGGCCCACGUUUCACUUCAACGUCUCAGAGCUCAGCUUCGGGGAUGUGUCCUUCGGUUUUCCUCACACCCUGACCUGCAGUCUAAACAACACAUCAUUAAUUCCAGUCACCUUUGGCCUGAGGGUUCAAGGUGACUGCAGUGGGCCUUCCAGCAUCACCAGUGCCUCCCAGGUUUCAGACCUCAGUAGAACAGAGUGGGGAUCCAGUAGUGGUGCAGAUCAGCCCACUGAAUUCACUGUGAGACCCGCCUCAGGAACCGUGCGUCCUCAGGGAUCGGUUGACAUCCAGGUGACCCUGUGCUCCAACAAUGUGCAGCGCUACAACCUGGCUCUGGUGGUGGAUGUACAAGGAGUGGGGGAGGAGGUGCUGGCCCUGCCAAUCAAUGCCAGAUGUGUCAUCCCAAAUGUUCUUCUGGAUACCCCAGUACUACAGUUCCAGAGGUGUUUCCUCACUUAUCGUUACGAGCAGUCAGUCAGGCUGACUAAUGACAGUGACCUGCCUGCAUGCUAUGGCCUCCACUUCCAGGAGUAUGAGGAGAACCCCUCCUUGCUCUACUCCAGCAUCCACCCUAGAGGGGUCAUUCAGCCCCAUGGAACAGUGGACAUCCCCUUGAUGCUGCAGGCUAAGACGGUUGGCAGACUACACCAAACUGUACCGAUCGCUGUGUUUGGCAAGAAAGACCCUCCCCUGGAGGUGCAGUUAUUCUGCAUCGGACAGGGUCCGGUUGUCCAUGUGAUGUCCACAGAGGUGGACUUCGGCAGUAUACCAGUUUUGACCGACAUUUUCCGAACUCUCCAGCUCUCAAACCAGUCCCCGAUUCCGGCACACUUUGUUGCACACAUGGUACGCACCAGGUCCCUGUGGCGGGUGGAGCCUGAUGAGGGAGACCUUCCACCCCUGGGGACGCUGGAGCUGAAGCUGGUGGCUCACCUGGAUGACACCCUGCACUUCCAGGACACGCUGCACCUUUCUAUCCAGGACAGUGGAACACACACCAUCCCUCUGUCUGCCACUGGCACAGGCACCACUAUUGUCACCGACCGGCCCUUUGCCCCCAGUCUGGACCUGGGAGCCCAUUUCAGCUCCAGACCAUGCCAGUACCAUUUCAGAUUGACCAACCGAGGUCGACGCUCCCACCAGCUGUACUGGACCACAGACGGGCAUCCCCAUUUCCGCCGCAGAGGCCCCACACCCGCCAACACCAGCAGGGAGGGAAAGGCUGGUGGCAGAUCCCUGGCUGCCUUGGCUGUGGACGGGCCAGUGUUUGGCCUGCACCCCAUGCGCUUGGAGCUGGCCCCGGGACACACAGCCGACAUGGUGCUGGAGGGCUCCUCGGACUCGCCGCAGGCGGUUCGAGAGAAGCUAGUGUGUCACGCCAUCAUAGGUCACCAGAGUGGGAAGGAGCGCAUCAUGACAGUGGACGUUAGCUGUCGGUUUGUCUCUCCAGUCCUGGAAAUCUCCUCCAAGCAGCUGAGCUUUUACAUGGAGAAGACUCCAGGUGCUUCUCUGGUUCCUCUAUAUGAGAAGCUGCUCCUGAGGAACGUGUCGUCUCUAGCCCUGUCCCUACAAGUCACUGUGGCUGAGCCCUUUGGCCUGUGUGACCAGCAUGGUGAACAGUCACUUGUUAUUUCUAAGACCCUGGUGCUGGCUGUUGGAGCGUGGUCAGAGCUCUGGGUACGUUUUGACCCCUCUUACCGCCAGGACCGUGUGACGCGGGUGGCCGAGGGGCUUCUGGAGGUGAGCUACGCAGACCAUCCUCAGCAGGACACAGUGGGCCUGAAGGGAGAGGUCCACUUUCCCAACCUCCACUUCUCCAGCACGUCCCUGGACUUUGGCUGUGUAUUGAACCACACAGAGGCCCAGCGCCAGAUCACCAUGGCCAACUGUAGCCCUCUGUCCGUGUCUUACCGCUGGUCCUUCCUAGUAGACCAGCAGACAUACUACAUCAGGUUUCCAGGGAGGAUGAAUGAUAGUGAGGCGAAAGCCAUCACACGGGAGGAGAAGAGAAAAAUGCAAUGGGACCUGUCCAAAAGGAGAAACACUGACAUUGGAGUGGAUUCAGACAGGGAUGGUGAGGUGCACAAACUCUUCAUUGAUGAGGAGGCAGAAGAAGAGAAGAGAUAUCUAGAGAAUGACACUGAGGAGGGAAGGUGUUCUCCUAAACAUCCCCUGUCAUUCUCAGUCACCCCAACUCUCUUCACAAUGGUUGAGCAGAGUCAGGGACACAGCUACACCCCCAGCAGACGGGAACCAACCAGGACCCCACCAGCCACCCAUACGUUUAAGGGGCACCCUUGUGUUGGUGUGGAGGAGGUGUUUGAUAUCUCUCCUAUUUAUGGGGUGCUGCAGGCAGGAGAAAGCCAGCUGGUGUCCUUCUCCUUUUACGGUCAUGCAGACAUCAGUGGUCAGGUCCUUGCUUUGUGUGAAGUCGAGGAGGGCCCCACAUAUCAGAUCACACUCAAAGGAGAAGCUUCAGUGGUCACAUACAUCCUGGACCGAACAGAUAUUGACUUUGGCAUUCAGUUGUUUGACCAUGUGGCCGAGGCAGAGAUCACCCUGAGGAACACAGGGAAGGUGGCCUUCGAGUUCAGUGCUCUGCUUGGGGACCAAGACGGGUGUGAGGACCCCCUGCCUGGCCAUCCCCUGAUCACACCCAGGACGGGCUUCAUCCAGGCAAAUACUGAACAGAAAUUGACAGUAUUUUAUCUUCCUGGGAUCCCUGAAGUCUUCCAUUACACCUUCCAGCUGCAGGUGGCUUUCUUUGAGCCAGAGAUCAUCACUCUCCGUGGAGAGGGCGUCUUCCCCAGAGUGUGCCUGGACCUACCCAGAGAACUCAGAGACGACAGGUACACUGUAGUGGUGAAGGAGGCCAUGGAGUCCCUGGAGGAGGAGAGGAGGGUUGAGGGCAUCAGCCGACCUGCUACUGCCGAGGGCCUACUGUCUGACCACGACUACGUCCCUACAUAUGACACUCUGCUGCAGAUGGAGGUAGAGAGGCUCUUGGUCAAACAGAAUGCCAUGGCUAUUGACAAGAGACACGUUGACCCUAGCGACACACCUGUGUCCACUAGCAAGUGGCGCAAGAAGCUUAGCAGGUUCCCCUUGCCAGACUACACGCUGGAUUUUGGCUAUGUGAUCCAUGGUACCGUUCCUGUCCAUAUAGUGAAAGUGACAAACACUGGACCCGUGCCUGUUUCAUUCCGGGCUGACCGCCGACCACUUACAGGCUCAGGCUUCAGCGUAGAACUGGAUAGGGUGAAGAACCUGCCAUACUGUGAAACUGAGACCUUUGAAGUGAAGUUUGACCCACGAGGAGCCAAUCUGGAUCUGGGGGAGAUCAACGCCACCAUGCCUAUUCAGGUGGUUGGUGGUCUUGCUGUGCAGAUCCGCCUGCGGGCCGUGGUCACCAUGCCCUCCCUCACGCUCUCCACUCACGUGCUGCAGUUCGACAGCAUCCAGUGUGGCAUGUGUCAAGUGACUACGGUCCAGCUGUUUAACCACGAGCCCGUGCCCUGUGAGUGGAGCAUUGUAGAGGAAGAACGGCCCAAGAAGAAGAUUGACAAGCAUGUCCCCCUUCACCUGAGACGGAAGGCCAGGCUGGGCCAGAGUCCUCCUCCCGUGGUGUUUGAGAUGUUGCCUUCAGCUGGUGUGUUGUAUCCUGGAGAUAGAGUUAAUGUCCAGAUCAAAUUCAGACCAUUAGAGGGGAGGUCAUACACCCAGAAGCUGGUGGUGUCGGUGGCCCAGAGCACCCAGAGGAUUCUUCUGCUGGCCCAGGGGCAGGGAGAGGAGCCCCAGCUGGACUUCUCCUCCACUGUGCUGGAGCUGGGACCCACCUUGCCACUUAGCGCUGGAGAGGAGGCCGAAGUGACCGUUCGGAAUCCCUGCCCCUUUCCCAUCGAGUUCUACUCUCUGGAGUUUGACACGAAAUACCUGGAGGAAGAAAAGAUUCUACGUACGAUGAAAGGCUAUGAUGUUCAGAACCUCCUGCUGUUGCCCCCUCGGGCCCCGGGAGAGCCACUACCGCCCGAGCUAAUAGAAUAUUACAACCAACACCACUGUGAGCAGGACCACGUGUCCAAGGCUGACUCUGCUAAAGAUAAGGAGACAUUUGAGACAGGGGAGAAAGGGGAGCAGGAGGAGGAGCUGGGCACCCCAUCCUUUCCAGAUGUACUUAUGGAGGAGGAAGGGACACCUUGUGGAGACCUGGUCAAAGACACCGUGGACAGUAGGACUGCCAGUGUGGGGGACUUGGAGGUCAAUCCGGUAUCCCGAGCCAUCGCCCGUCACAUGGGCAUUGACCUAUCACCUGAGGGCCAGGCUGCACGAAACCGCCUGGGCAUCGCAAUCAUAGUGCAUGGAGCUCCUCUGUCAGGGAAAACAGGCACAGCAGUAAGUCUGGCCAAGCGCUACGGCGCAGCAUGUCUGAGCGUUGACGCUGUGGUGCUGGAGGCGCUGUCCUCAGGGGUCACCUCUGCAGGGAUGCAAGCCCGCAAGCUGUGUGCCAAGGCUGCCGUGGAGCAUGCUCAGAAGAGGGAGGAAGAGGCCGCCCAGGCAGUGACAGAGGUGAUGGGACCUGGAGGUCAGGGAGCUGCCGUUCUGAGUGUGGAGGCCGUAGCCAGACACACGGCUGAGGGCAGUCAGGUCAGCGACCCCAAAGCCCCCACUUCCUCCAUUUCCACACGUAACAAGAACAGUGUCGUGUGUGGGAAGAGGACGGACAGAUCACAGCCCAUGGCCCCCUCAGUGGGCGGUGGUCCAAUCCAGCAGCAGCUGAGCGUCAGCGUGAGCCGUGUGGGGGAGCUGGACCUGAUGAGCUGCCUGCUGCCAGACCAACUGCUGGUGGACAUCCUCUCAGAGAGACUGCAGCUGAGUGACUGUCACCGCGGUGUGGUGGUGGACGGCCUGGAGACGCUGUAUUGCCGCUCCCCCAGCAGUGCCCUGCAGAUCAUCCUCAGCGCCUUCAACAACAGACGCUUCAUCUACAUGGUGAACCUCUCCAACAGCUACUGUGCCUUCAAGGCCGAGGAGAAGGCCCAGAGAGAGGCGGACGAGCUUUUACGGAGGGAGCAGGCAGAGAAGGAGAGGCUGCACUUGCAGGAGAUGGAUGAGGAGGAGUAUGAUGCCCUUCCGGAGGAGGAGAAGGAGCGCAUCAACCUCCGACACCGUGAAGAGCUGAGAGAGCGAAAGCGAAGGGAACAUGAGCGGGCAGAAAGGGAGCAAGAGGGGAGGAGACAACAAGAGGAUCUGGAGAGACUGAGGGAAGAAGAGGAGAUGAAAAAGAAAAACAAGAAAUGCAAGAAGGAGCCUCCCAAGGAGGAUGUUUCAGGGAAGCAGUCUGCAAGUGCACUACGUUCAGAGACAAAACUGGAUCAGCCAAUGAAAGAUGGGAGGAAAAUGUCCUUCUGUGCUGAUGGCAAGGAGUCUAAAGACUCACCCACAGAGGGCACUAGAGAACCAGAUGAGGGACCCAAGAAGAAGAACCCCAAAGAAGGCGAGUCAGGAGGGCAGGAGGAGUUGCUGUUACCAAAUGAAAACCCAGAGAAAGAAAUGUCCACUGAGGAAGACUCCCUGCUGUUUUCUCGGUUUAAGCUCUAUGAGCAGAGCCAGCCCCAACUCAUUCACAUCCUACAGUUCUGGGACAGGACCCAGGGCCAACUCCUCCAGCCCCUGUUCUCUGAAGACUACCCCCAGGAGCUGGAGGAUGUAGCCCAUGAGCGACAGGCCCCUUCUGGCAAGAAGUCCAGAAAAGAGCGGGAGAAGGAGAAAUUGGAGAAGGAGAAAAUGGAGAAGGAGAAGCUGAAGGCAGAUGCCACAGAUGUGAAGCUGAUGUCUCCAGCCCCAAGCCAGGCCAUUCUAUCAGGGGACGGUUCUGAAGGAGGGGACAGGGAGGCCGCACCCGAGUCUGUGCCUCAUAUCAUCCUCCAUGUUACUGGGAGGGACUAUCCUAGCGGAACAGAGAUCCUGAAGAGCAACAAACUGCCUCCCCUUGAUGAGGUGUUGGACGGUCUAGGGUUGGGACCCAAAGGCCCCCCUAUCCCCCCACCCACCACCUUCUCUGUCGUCCCCUACCCUAACAAGAGGCCUGUGCCCAGUGCUCAGGAAAUUGGUUGCUUCACCUUGAUGGUGCCCUCAGCCCUGGAGGAUCCAGCCGGGGAGAAGAAGGAGGUGGAAGUUGAGUCUGAAGCUCAAGGCCCGGUCAAGCAGGAGGUAGGUGGUCCUUCAAAAGUGCGAGGGAAGAAGGCAGACGGAGGCAGGGAGAGUCAGAAAGACAAGAGACGCACUCCAGCUAAGAAAGGCGCCAGAACCAGUGACUGCCGCUCCCCUCUCAGCUCUGUGACUCCCUUACCUGACACUGAGCAGGAGUCCCAGCAGGAGUCCCAGCAGGAGUCCCAGCAGGAGCGCAACCAGCGGCUCACCACAUUCCGCUGGAUUGUCCCACCCAAUGGAGAAGUGACCCUGAAAAUCUGGUUCCACUCGAAAGUCCCCUGCAAGUUUGACCAAACACUGAACUUUGAGUUGUUGGGUACAAAGAGACAUUAUCAGGUGUAUUGCAGGGGCAUUUGUGCAUACCCGUCCAUCAGCAGAGACAUAAAGACAGUGUUUGCCCACAGUAAGAGGGUUCUUAAGUCUGAUCAGGUGCUGCCGAAGACCUACAUCAUUCACUCUGGCCUCUAUGAUUUUGGCCCACUGCUCUGUGGGAAAACCAGAGAUAGGUAUAAAGAGAGGAAGUAUCCUGAGAACAUGGAAAGGCUGGUGAUACACAACAACUCGCCACUUGAUGCUGACAUCCACUGCUGCUUUCAGCAUGACACCAAGGCCACCACCUACCUACUGGACCCUCCCAACAUGACCCUCAAGCCCAACGACAGACAAGAACUGACAGUGUGGGCGUACCCCACUAGCCUGGGGCUGAUAGAGGACAGUGUGGUGUGUUGCAUCAAAGACAACCCAGAGCCAGUCAUCUUCCGCUUCUCCUGUCGCGGGGUCCGGCCUGAGCUGGAGAUCGAUCGCAGGCAGCUGAAUUUUGAAAGGACCGCGCUGAACAGGAAGGACACGCGGAGACUGUUCCUGCGCAACAACACUCUGCUGCCGGCAGCUUGGAGGCUGAGUGGUCUGGAGGUGCUGGGGGACGAGUUCAGCGUGUCCCAGGACCAGGGCGUCAUCCUGCCGCAGGCUGACUUCAGCAUGCAGAUGCACUUCAAACCCAUGAAGCCCAUCAACCUGAAGAAAGCCAUACGCCUGGAGGUGUCAGAUGUGGAGAACAUCCUGGGCAUUGUACACACAGAGAACAUCCAGAUUGUUGCAGAGGCCUACGAUGUGGGUGUGGACAUCCAGUUUCCAAAAGGGUCUGGCAGCGUUCUAGAUUUUGGAACCAUGAAAGUGUCUGAGGAGGUGCAGUGUUGCUUGUACAUUAAAAACAAAGGCAAAUAUGAUGUAGCUUUCAAGUUCAUGCUGGAGCCCUCAGACCCAGCCAUGCCAGAUAUUAAGCAGAUACUCACCAUCACUCCCCAGACCGGCACCAUCCCACCCACGGACCGGCCCACAACGGUCCAGUUUGUCUUCCACCACGAUAAGGAGGUGUCCAUCCGAGAGCAGGCAGUUGUGUCCUUAAAAGUGAUUGACCCGAGUAUUGCAGAGGGUUCAGGGAUCGUUGGCAGUGUUCCCAUCAGAAUGUCGGUCCAGUCCGUCUUCUCCAAAUACAGCAUCACGCCCUCCAAUGGCAUCAACUUUGGCCCACUGGUCUACGGCUGCCGCAGGACACAAACGUUCAAAAUAGAGAACCGGGGCGAAUUUGACAUCCGCUUCAACAUGAGCAGAAUGUGUAAAGAGCUGCCUCAGCCUGCCUACAGGAGAGGCGUCGUGGGGAGAAGAACAUCGCGGGAUAGCCACUCUGCUAAACCCCUCACCGGAAACAAAGUGCGGCGAGCUGAAUCCAUCCAGAAGGACGCGGGCACUUCUACUCAGACCCGUGUCACCGUGGGCGUGUUCACGGUGUCGCCGGCGUUUGGUACCCUCGCCGCGGGCACUCACCAGGUGGUCACGGUGGACUGUGUGGCUGAGCUGAUAGGACGUUGGCAGGAGUGCCUGGCCCUGGACGUCACCGAUCGAGACCCCUCAGACAAUCCAGGGGGUAUCCCCUACCAGCUGGUGGCGGAAGUGUGCGUUCCAGGGAUCGCAUACAAAGACAUUGCCUCCAUAUUUGAGGAGCACAGGAUCUGCAAGACCAGCGCCAUGUUGUACAGCGAGCAGUUCCGGGAUUCCAUGGGCGUCUAUAUUCAAGACGAGAACAAAUUUGUUUUCAGUAAUGUUCUGGUGGGUCAGUUAGUCAAAGCCCGCUUCCGCCUCACGAACAAUGGCAAGGUGCCCUGCGAGCUGAGCCUUGCAGUCAAGUCUGUCCCUACUAAGAUGUCCUCGCGUAGCGCCGACGUGUUUGAGCUGACCCCCAGCAGGCUGAGCAUCCCCAGUCAUUCUCAUGCCUAUGCCCAGAUCACCUUUUCCCCACAGACCAUUCAAACUUACCAUGCCAUGUUUGAGGCCACCUUAGAGGGAUCUACCAGUCUACCACCCACGGGCAUGGGCAAGCCCAAAGCAUUGGUGUUUGAAUUAAUGGGUGACAGCAACCUGCCCAGUGUGAAUGUUCUGAGGCCAGUCCUGAGGACCAGCCGUGGAGAACCACUGCUGCACUUUAAACGGCUGCUGGUGGGUCGGAACCAGACCCUGCCCCUGGUGUUGAAGAAUGAUGCCAAUGUACCCGCUCAGGUUCACAUGGAUCUUCUAGAUAACAUGGGGGUGUUCACCCUGAGAGCUGUUCCCAACUCCACCCGCAGCUACACCUCCUCACGCAUGGAGGCAGAAGCUGGCACAGAGAGACAGAUGGCACACACAGCCUCAGUGGUGCUGUUUGGGGGCCAGCAGGCAGAGUUUGAGGUGGACUUCAGUCCUGUGUUUGCUCAGAGCUUUGAGGCCAACGUGCGCCUUCAAGUGGUGGACAAUCAAUAUGGGGAGACGGUGGUUCAUCUCCAAGGGGAAGGCUACCAUGACAUCAUCUCCCUGGACAACAUCAGCAGCAGGGAUCCACAGGAGGACUCACCAGACAACAAGGGGGACCUGCUGUCCUUUGGGGACUGCCACGUGUCUAGGCCCUACCAGAAGACCUUCACCAUGACCAACCUGAGCAGCGGUGACGUGCUGAGGUUCGAGUGGCUGGCCAACAGCCCCCCGGUCUGCUUCUCUCCCCAGGUGGGCCAUCUCCAUGCAGGCUGCGCUAAGGAGGUGACCGUGACCUUCUGCUCAGGGCAGCCCUUGGUGCUGAGUGCCCAGCCGGUGAAGUGUAAACUGUGCAGGGUGACGUUCCCGCAGCCGGUAGACCAGGUCCCUGACUGGGAUGACCGCCUCAGGACUGUCAAGUGGGUCAGCUCUGGAAAACAGCUGGGCAGUCAACAGCCUGCAAAGCAGAAGGUGAUUCAAACAGACCCCGAGCCACGCCACUCUGUAGUUGAGAACUCAUUUAGGGAGAUGGAGCUACGCAUCAGCGCUGUGUGUGAUUAUGCCCGGUUCACCUGCAGCAACACUGAGACCAUCCGCUUCAAGGACACGCUGCUCUAUCAGACCAGGGUGUUCCAGCUCCAGAUGGUGAACACAGGCAGUGUGAGGAUGGAGUACUCCUGGCAGGUCCUGAUGGACAGAUAUGGAAAUGGUGUAAACUCUGAAAGUGCAGAUGUUAGCCCUCGCGCCUCUCAGAGCGGUGGAUCGGGGGUCAGACCGGCCAGCUCUUUACAGAGUGUGUCCUGUCUGAUGCUGGGUGACCCGGACCUGCCCCCUUUCUCUGUGGAGCCCGGCGUGGGCGUCGUCAUCCCUGGACACACUCAGACCUUCCGAAUCAAGUUCUCCCCCCUGGAAGUGGCCGAGUUUGAUGCCAGGCUCGUCUGCAGCGUCCCCAACCAAGAGCAGGAGCAGGGCCCCAUGGUGUUGGUCUGCGGUCGCAGCCUGCUCCCCUACUGCCACUUCCACCUGGACGACUCAGACUACAUCAGCGGAAACAGGCGCAACCCCGAGCUGCGUGGUCCUCAUGGGGCCCCGCCCAAAGCACCCCUGGACCCCAGCACCAGGGUCAUAGAGUUCAGAUCUGUGGGCGUAUGUUCUUGCGUCCCUCGUCAGUUUAGCAUCGUGAACCCCACCAACAAGCCUUACUCAUUCGUCUGGAGGUGUGAGGAUGCAGGUGCCUCCCCUUUCAAAUGUCUCACACCAAAGACCUCCAUUCAGCCUGGGAAGAGGGUGCAGGUGUCCUUUGAGUUCCAGCCCCAAGUGCCAGACACGGUGGAGUCAUUCUGGACCUUCCUGAUCCCUGAAAAGAACCUCUCUGUGCCCUUUCUGCUGGUUGGGACAGCUAGUGAUCCCGUUGUCUAUGUAGACCGUGUUCAUCUUAGCCUGGGUAACCUGCUUGUGGGAGGGAAUACUCUCCAAACAGUGUAUUUGGUGAAUGCAGAGAAUCAGCCCUUCCAGUUUGUCAUAGAGAAAUCCUCUUGCCACUCGGAGGCAUUCCUGGACCGCCUACAGCUGGAGCCCAUGGAGGGGGUAGUACCGCCUAAAGACAGGUUCCCUGUGGUGGUGUCCUUCACCCCUACCCACGAUGGGGUUGUGACCUUUAAUGUACUAAUUAAGGUGAAAGGGAAGGUCCAGCCAGUCACUCUUAAUGUCAAAGCAGAGGGCUACAGCAUGAACGCCUGUGUGCGGUGUGAGAGCCCGGGGGGAGGCGUCAUAGAGCUGUCUCCUGGCACCUCUCAUCAUCAGGUGGACUUCAAACAGGUGGAGCUCAGUGAUAAGUCAUUGUGUGUCUUCUUGGUGUCCAACCCGGGGAGGUUCAGCCUGGAUGUUCAGUAUGAGCUAUGGGGUCCCACUGCGCUGCACCGCCACCUCAUGGUUGUGCCAGAAAGAGAGCGUGUGGAGGUGGGCAGACAGAGCCGCUGUGCCGUCACAUUCUUCCCCCUGCAGAAAUGCGUGCUCAAAGACGUGGGCCUCAACAUCAAGAUUAAGAAUGGGCCUGUCUUCAGCUGUGCCAUCUUGGGUUCAGCUGUUGCCCCUGGCCUGGAUUUCUCCUUCCUCAAACACGACUUUGGAAUGGGCUUCAUCUACUGUGCAGGGAUGGUGCCAGCCAUGCAAACACUGAUCAUAAAUAACAAGGGAGAGAGGGGGAUCAGUGUAGACUGUCAGUUCUCCAACACCCCCUUCCUGGAGGUGGGCUUCCAGCCAGAAGUGCUGUCACCUGGCGGGUCCAUGGAAGUGCCCAUCACCUUCUACCCACGGGAGGCCAAGCCCUACCAUGAGAGAGUGGUCUUCGAGAUCAAUGACUGUGCCAAGCAGGUGGUCGACAUCCUAGGUCAAGGCAUUGAGAUGAAGGUUGAUUUUGAGGACCCUAGGCAAAAGAUAGUUAAUCUGGGGGCUCUGCAGAUUGGUCAAAAGAUUCGGAGGGUGAUUCCCCUGGUGAACAAUAGCCUGUCCUCGUUGACGUUCUCCCUACUGCUCAGCUCCACUGUGCACACUCUGCUAGACUCCAGGGUGCUGUACGUGACCCCAGCAGACGAGGUCACCCUGAAGCCUUCUGGGGGUCGUUGUCUUGUGGAAGUACUGUUCUCUCCUAGAGAACGUAUGGCGCCCUUCACUGCAGAUCUGCAGUUUGAAUGUCUGGGCACAGUGCGCCCACUUCUGGUGCUGAAGGGCUGCUGUCAGGGCGUGGAGGUCAGGCUGGACCAGGACUACGUGACCUUUGGAGCUGUCGCUCAACGAUGCCAGGUCACCAGACGCAUCAUCAUGCAGAACACUGGAGAUAUCGGAGCCAGGUUCCAGUGGGAUGUGAAGAGGUUUGGCAGAGACUUCUCCAUCAGCCCAUCAGAGGGCUACAUCAGCCCUGCCAUGGAGGUCCCCUUUCAGGUGACCUUUGCCCCUGUAGAUCUGAGUCAGGACCUGAGAUAUGACGACGUGCCCUGUUCCAUAGAGGGAUCCAAGCCCAUCACACUCACAUUAACAGGCUCCUGUAUCACACCCCCUGUCACCAAAGAGGUGGUGACCUUUUUGUGCCAGGUACGCAGUCAGCACGUCCAGUCUGUGAUUCUGUCCAACCGCAGCGACCAGCGCUGGACUCUGAAGCCUGCGUUGGAGGGGGAGCACUGGAGCGGCCCGUCUACGUUCGUAGUUGAACCCUACCAGAGCAGGGCCUACGAGAUCACAUACAAACCAAUGGUCAUGACCGCAGACGGCAAGAAGCACCUGGGCUCGGUCUUCUUCUCCUUCCCAGAUGGGACAGGCAUGCUCUACACCCUGCAUGGCACUGCUGAGCCCCCCAAGGCUGUGGCCACAAUCACUCACGAGAUGCCCUGCAAGACCCAGUACACUGAGAUGGUGCCUGUCCAAAACUGGCUGCCCAAACCACAGAGGUUCCGUGCUGUGGUGGAGAUCAUCAAGCCAGAGAGGGCAGACAUCACUUUGUCCCUGAAAGGCCUUGACUACCUGGAUGUCCCAGCUUUGGCCAAGAGGGACUACAAGGUAUCCUUCUUUGCCUACAAGGAGGGCCAGUACAAUGCCAAGGUAACCUUCCGUAAUGAGUCUUCAGGGGAAUACCUGUUCUACCACCUGAACUUCAAGACCAUCGCUCCAGGCGUCAUCAGCACAAUAGACGUGGUGGCUCCGGUGCGCCAGGUGGCCUCUGCCUCUGUCAUGGUGGAGAACCCCCUCCCUGUUAGCGCGUCCUUCAGCAUCGAGUGCCGGAACGCAGACGUCAGCGUGCCUCCACAGCUCACGGUGCCCCCCCUUUCUAAGACCUCCCUGUCCUUUGAGUACCAGCCCUUGCAUGCAGGCGAGUCCACCACUCGGCUCAUCCUUCAUAAUGGAGAGUUGGGCUUCUACCCCUAUGAGCUGCUGCUUAAAGCCCUGCCGGCGCCACAUGAGAAACCGCUCUACUUCCAAGCUCCGCUGGGCAGCAGCCACAACGUCACUACCAAGUUCACUAACUACUCCCGCGGCAAGGCAGAAUACGUCUGCAAGACAGACAGUCCUGACUUCAUCGUGGAGAAGCACAUUGUUGCUGCGGCUGGCAACCAGGCAGGCACAGAUAUCAACCUGGAAGUGUCCUUCGAGCCCUGCCAGCUGGGCGAGGUCCGUGGCAUUCUCACCAUCUCUUCAGUGUUUGGUGGGGAAUACACGUUCCCUCUCUUUGGAUGCUGCACCUCUCCCAAAGCUCAGGGCCCCUUCCCUAUCCGCGCCGGAGGCAAUGUCUCUAUCCCCUUCAAGAAUGUGUUUCUCCAGACCACAGCGUUUUCCUUCCUGGUGGAUAACCCAGCCUUUACUGUGAAGGGAGUGGGGAUCAUUCGGCCCAAGAAGUCCCACAACUUUGUGGUGGCAUUUGAGGGGCCUCCCCCUGGCUCCAUAGGGUCCUGCAGUGGAAAGCUGACAAUCUCCAGCCCACGCUCCGAGGGCCAUGGACAGGGCAUCUCCUGGGUCUUCUACCUGAAGGGCUACUAUUCUGAGGUGGGCCAGAGGGAAAAGACCUCCUAGAGAAGAUCUCCUUCCUCUACAAAGGACCUACAGUUAAUUGAUGUAGCUAGGCAACUGUUUACGCCUUUCUGAUAGGGUUUUAAGCAGAUUUAAAAUCAAUACAUUUCUUCUAAAAUUUAAUUUGAACAUUAAGAGCUAAAUUUUGUUUUGCUAUAUUUAAUGUGUUUUAAAUCAAUAAUAUUUGCAAAUAUUUAGAUUUCUAUGAGCAACUACUAAGAGAUAGGCCUACAGUUAUCUAAGAUUCUUGACUAAACAUACAGUAGGUUUCACCCAUCAACUUCAUAUUAUACAAGUAUACAUACACGUGCUUGACCUAUUUAUAAAGCCGUAUUUAAACAUUGUGAGACUGAAUACAUUAUUUAUACAUCAUAUAGUAUUUAUACCAGAGAUGUCUGUUUUAUCAGAAAUGUUGCUGGCUGUUAUCUCCCUACUCUCACUUGGAUUCCUCUCAGAGCCACUAGGGAGGGCACUUGCUCCUUUCCCAAUCAUUCAGUAUCAGCACCACAGAUCUCCUGUGUUCUUUUGGGGGAACAGGAUAGGUCAUCUGGGUGUAUGAAAUGUAGAGGUUCAAUUUGUAUAAACAGCACUGAAUUGUUGUGUGUGUGUGUUUAUGUCUUUCUGUUCUUGUGCAGGUUGGGUGCCUUUGUUUUGGGACAGAUAGCAUUGCAAUUUUCCCGUCAUCCUCUCACAGUCAAUGAGUUGUUCAAUUAAUUUAUAUUAAAAUAAUGCA